CGCCAUGCAUCGCACCCGCACAGCGUCGCCCUAGGGUUUCUCCGUCUCUUUCUCUCUCUCUCUCCCGUUCCUCUCGUCCCAAUCGAAUCGGAAUCCAUGGAGUCGUCGCGGUCGCGGAAGCGCACGCGUCAAGAGUUGGACGGCGCAGGCGACCCGCCGCCGGAGCGGGAGGUGGUAGCGAGGGGUGGCGCGUCGCCGCCGUGGCGGGAUGACGACCGUGACGGCCAUUACGUGUUUGAUCUCGGCGAGAACUUGACCCGUCGGUACAAAAUCUUGAGCAAAAUGGGUGAAGGUACUUUUGGCCGAGUUUUGGAAUGCUGGGACCGUGAAACACGUGAAUAUGUUGCAAUAAAAGUUGUCCGAAGCAUCCGGAAGUACCGGGAUGCUGCAAUGAUUGAGAUCGAUGUGCUCAAUCGCCUUGCAGAAAAUGAGAGAUACAGAUCCCUCUGUGUCCAAAUUCAAAGAUGGUUUGACUAUCGCAACCAUAUAUGCAUUGUAUUUGAGAAGCUUGGGCCAAGCUUGUAUGAUUUUCUAAAGAGAAAUAGAUACCAACCUUUCCCUGUGGAACUUGUGCGGGAGUUUGGACGACAACUGUUGGAAUCUGUAGCAUAUAUGCACGAAUUACGCCUUAUUCACACUGAUCUGAAGCCAGAAAACAUACUCCUUGUAUCUUCCGAAUAUAUAAAGGUUCCAAGUUCCAAGAAGAAUUCACAAGAUGAGAUACACUGCAAGUGCUUGCCAAAGUCCAGUGCCAUAAAGCUGAUAGAUUUUGGUAGUACUGCCUUUGAUAAUCAGGAACAUAACUCGAUUGUUUCUACGAGGCAUUACAGGGCACCUGAAAUAAUCUUAGGCUUAGGCUGGAGUUUGCCAUGUGAUAUUUGGAGUGUUGGUUGCAUCCUCGUUGAGCUAUGCUCGGGGGAAGCAUUGUUUCAGACACAUGAGAACCUGGAACACCUAGCAAUGAUGGAGAGGGUUUUGGGACCCAUACCAGAGCACAUGAUACGGAAGGCUAGUUCAUCAGCUCAGAAAUAUUUUAGGCGAGGGGCACGUCUAAAUUGGCCUGAAGGUGCUGUUACAAGAGAAAGUAUCAGAGCAGUCAGAAAACUACACCGGCUAAAGGACUUGGUUGCGAGAAAUGCUGACUAUUCAAAGGCAUCGCUGGCGGACUUGCUAUAUGGUCUUUUAAAGUUUGAGCCUUCAGAGCGCCUUACUGCCCAAGAAGCUCUAGACCAUCCAUUCUUUCGAAUUCCAGGUCCAACAUGACAAUUGGAAGAUGCUUUGAUUCCACCGCUUGCCAAGAACAAGGCCUGGAGAAGCAGCGGGCACAAAGCCUAGAGCAGAAUGACAAUUGAAGCAGCUAGCAUAAAGAUGAUUUAAGCCGAGCUAUGGCGCUUGCGGUGGUGAUAAGCUGUUGUUCCAGUCGCUCAGGUGUAAUGUACAAUAGCAUUUUUCCUAGGGAGGUUAGUGUACUUGAUGUGACCUGUACAAUAUGAAGAUGCGGUGCACCAGGGGUUGCCGUCUUAAUCCUGGGUUUGUAAUCGCACUACAAUGAUCACUGACCAAGGCAAGGCAAGGCAGCAGUAAAGGCCUGUGCCGUGUUCUGUUUC